AUGUCAACCCCGCUUUGGUAAUGUAACUACACUGAAGUAGCUUACGCUUGUGGCUGGAAUCCCACUACUGUCCUGUCGUUACUAAGCAACACUGCUCAGACUACUAUAAAGGAGCAAGAAGCCUUUCUGGACCCCAGGACGCACGGGAGCAGAGAAGCUGCUGCAGAGACUGGGCGCGCAGGGAGCACUGGACACAGUGGCGGGAGCCAGGCACAGCAUUCUGACGCACGCACGCGGACUAUUGUUGUUGUUGAGAGCUGAAGGAAGAAGCAGUGCGCACAUACAAUACAGCUGCGGUUCGUGCCGAAAACCUUACCAGUUUAUUUUUGUUUUCAAACAGCAGUAAAUCUAAUUUUAGUGAGUCGAUUUACAAGUUUGGCAUCAUGAAGUUCCUGCUUUUACCAGUUUUAGUGGCUUUUUUCGCCGUGCCCCAAGUUUUUUGCGAGGAAAACGACCCAAAAGAAGAGACCGACUACUGGACGAGCAGUAACCAAAAUCAGGAUGACUGGCUUUCCAAAGACCCAUUCAGAGAAAUCCUCCUGAGGAUGACAAGAAAGCCUCAGCCGCAUCAGUUCAUCGGCCUGAUGGGGAAACGCUCUGCAGCAAAUGCACAGAUCACUCGCAAAAGGCAUAAAGUCAACUCAUUUGUUGGACUGAUGGGGAAAAGGAGCCAAGAGGAGCCAGAGUCCUAUGACCGGAGCACAGUACAGACAUACGACAAACGCCAUUAAGUGGUCACUUCUUCACCUGCUUGCUUCUCGUCUGGCCAGUCUUCAUCCAUGGGAGGGGAACCCCACAUUGGUUUGUUUUCUCAAAACUGUGUAUAGCUGUUAGUCAAAUAAAAUGUUUGUUUCCACAUUGUAGCAGCACUGUACUGUGCCAGAUUCAUUUGCCCAAGUGAAGGCAUUGUGGGGUGAGAAGAGGGGGAAUUGUGUUAUUGUCAGUGUUAGUGGUUUCUGUGAGCGUUUUCUACCAUCUGCCAUGGCACAAAGACUAAAUGUUGUUGUGGACCAUCAAAGCAAGGCUGUACCCCAGGGUAUGCUGAAAAUUGCACUGCUAAAAUCACUGUGUAGUGCUUCAUAACUGAUUGUGCUACAAAUACAACACACUGACAUGUUCUCAUUUGGACAUUUAAGUGACUUUAGAAGAGCUGCCAUAUUCUCCAUCUGGUCACAUAAUUUGACAUGACAAGACACCUGUGUGUUACCGUGCUUUGACAAAUAUUAAAAUGAUUUUCUUUACUGGUUUAAUCUCAGCUUGCAAUUUGCAGAUUCCUUGUGAUACGUCCAGUAGGUGACAAAACCAUUAGUGCAGGUGAUGCAAGGGUGCCGCCUGGUGGUGGACCGAGGCAUGAGGAAACCAAAUUUAAGUGCCAAGAGAUGGAUUUAUUUUAGCUGCAAUAAGUGUGAAACACAGACAGUUACUAGAAGGUGAGAGGCAGACAGUGGCUAUGCUAGACAGAGAGUGAACCAAUGUAUAGAACUGAAAAGUGCCAUCCAACACAAGCACCCUGCUGAAAGCUCUUUGUGAAGCUUCUAGCGUUUGAUUUUGUAGUGUUCGAGUUUCAGACUACAGUGAGUGGUGCUGUACCGCAGUAUGUUGUCAGGUAAUAUUUCUUCCACUGCCUGAAGUUUUCUCAAAGUACUAUUUAAAAAAUAUUUGAUUGUAUGUAACUUUGGUAAUGAUACUAAGUUCCCCUAAAGAACCAUGCAGUUUGGUAUUAAUUACAGGAAAAUAGACACUUUUAGUGAGUGAGAUUUGUUAUUGGCUUCCAGAUGAGUUUAUAUGAAAAAAAAUUGCUCAAUUUAAACCGCUGUUAAUAUUUACUAUUCAUUUAUUAUUUGAAAUGUUAUUCUUCAUCUUUGCUGAGUUGUAUAGUUGCUUGUCAACAGAUUUCAUCCUUAGCAUGUGUAGCUCACCUCCUGUCCUCCGAUUAAAGGCCUCAGGUUUGUGCUAGCUUAGCAUUUAGAAAUAACUACGAGUACCAACCGAUCACUCUCUAAUUUUACCUAUACUGUAAUUUGUUCCAAAUGAUAUGGGUCAUCUUAUGACCAUAUCUUAGGAAAUGAUCUUAAAAAAGGAAUUUACAGACUUGUAAAAUGAUAUGUUACUGUAACUUUUUAUCAGAUAUAUGUUCACUGGAAAUUCAAUUAAAAGAUCAAAGUUC